AUGCGUUUCUCCUCGACGCUACUCCUGCUGCCGCUGCUCGUGGCAGCCGACCAACAAGUAGCUUUCAAAGACCAGGCGGCGGCUUGGUUCGACAAAGCCAAGGCGUACCUCCCCAACGCGGCGGCGGUCGUCCCCAAUCCUAUCGAUGCUGGCGCCGCACAAGUCGCAGAUAGCAGGGUCGAGAAGAUCAACCUUCGCAAUUGGAAGAGCAAGCUGGGCCCCAAACUCGACACCGAGGAAGAAUGGAUGGUCUACAUGACUGGAGGCAACAAGAGCUGUUUCGGUCGAUGCGGAAAGGUCGAUUUGACUUGGAAUGAAUCGGUUCCUCUCCUCGCCGCGCUCCCAAAGACCGCAUCAUCCCCGCCGUUGCAUCUAGGCUUCGUCGAUUGCGACAAGGAGGCCGUUCUGUGUACGGGAUGGGCCGCGUCAUUGCCAUCGAUCUAUCAUUUCAUGGUGCCAGUUCAAUCGAACCCUCCAUCCAAAGUGCCCCUCCGCGUCAUCCCACUCAACUUGACUUCGGCGACCGUUGCCGACAUCGUGGCCAUCCCCUCCAACUCCAAGUCGCGAUACCUCGAGGAAGAAGAAUACACUGGCCUUCUGCACCCCUUUGACGGAAUCGUGUCCCAGUUCGGCCUCCUGGAGCCGUUCGGCUACCUCAUGUGGGGCUUGAGCACGAUCCCCAGCUGGGCCAUGAUGAUUGGUAUUAGUUUCUUCUCGAGAAGGAUCAUGAACAGGAGAAUGCAAGGUCCGCAAGCCGGGACCCCUGCUCCUGCUGCCGCGGCGCCCGCCGCACCUCGACCUGCGCCUGCAGCAGCCGUAGCGCAAGGAGGUGGACGGAAGAGAAAAUGA